AACAUGUCCCUGCCGAUACAGCAUCCUAUGGUUUAGUACAUUCAUCCGGGCUCCUUUUCAGCGCAGUCGCAGAAGUCACUCUUCUUUUUUGAGGCACUCACAUCCCGUAUAACCGAAGUUUCCACUAAAUAUUCUGCAUUUACAGACUUUUCAGUAAAGCAGCCCCAGCUUCAGACCAGCUUCAGAACUACGACAUAACUUUUAGCUAUCUCUUCAUUUACUUCUGGAAAACCAAAAUGUCUUCGCUAAAUCACAGUGGAGAAGAAUCCUCUGAGUGCCCUCUCUGUAUGGAACCUCUUGAAAUGGAUGACCUUAGCUUCUACCCUUGCACUUGUGGAUACCAGAUAUGUCGGUUUUGUUGGCAUCGGAUAAGGACAGAUGAAAAUGGGUUGUGCCCUGCUUGUCGGAAAGCAUACCCAGAAAAUCCAGCUGAUUUCAAACCUCUUUCGACUCAAGAGAUGCACAGAAUCAAAGCUGAGAAGCGUCAGAAAGAUCAACAAAAAAAACAGAAAGCAACAGAAAAUAGAAAACAUCUUGCUAAUGUGAGGGUGGUUCAGAGGAAUUUGGUUUUUGUGGUUGGACUCUCUCCACGACUAGCUGACCCAGAGGUUUUGAAACGGCAUGAGUACUUUGGUAAGCUUGGGAAGAUACACAAGGUAGUCAUCAAUCAUAGCACUCAAUAUGCAGGUUCUCAGGGGCCAAGUGCUAGUGCCUAUGUAACUUACAUACGAGGAGAAGACGCUUUACGAGCGAUACAGUCGGUUAAUAAUAUUAGCGUCGACGGUAGAACUUUAAGGGCGUCCUUAGGAACCACUAAAUACUGUUCACAUUUUAUGAAAAACCAAGUGUGUCCUAAACCAGAUUGUAUGUACCUUCACGAAAUUGGUGACGAUGCAGCUAGUUUCACCAAAGAAGAGAUGCAGCAAGGCAAACAUACGGACUAUGAGAGGCUAUUGCAUGAGCAACUCUUGUCGCCCUGUCAAAACCAUAAAGAGGGCCGGAAAGCGUCGGCAUCGCCUCCAUUGAAAGAGGGAGCUUCAAAUGCAACACACAGUGGACCUAAAGACGGUUGGCCUUCCCUGCCUCCCGGUUGUUCCACGGCCAAUUCUUCUAGCCUUAAUACCUCAGGUAAAGUUGUCGCGCCGAUUGCCAAGAAUGAACCACCAUUGACCAAAGAGAAGAGCGGGAAAAUCAAAGGAAAGCCAGCACAGCAACCCCCAGUUAAUUUGCCAGUGGCCGUCGUUCAACCGGAGGAACCUAGUUUGCCUCAAGCUAAGACGAACGGUUCAAAUCGCAAGGCAAAAGAGAAAACAGUUGUGACUCCCGUGUUACCUCCUGUGUUAAAUCCGACUGCUCCUGUCCCGACACAACCAACGAAACCGGAACGACAAAGGUCAACCUCGCUUUCUCCGGCCCUCUCUUCCUCCUCCAAUCCUACACCACCACCCAUUUCAUCCUCGUCUUCGCCGUCAUCCUCUCAAGACAGCGGCUUUUUGCCUUCAAUUCAGCAUCAGUUCGAAAUUCUCAAACAAGGCGCUUCGAUGGCUGCAGAAGAAGAGGAGAUCGAUAGAGCAAGAGAUGAGGCCGAGGAUUUCGACCCUGCAGGAAAUAAAGUGUCGGUCAAUUCCUCUAGUUUCGCACACUCCAUUCUCGAUAAUAACAGUAGUAACAGCCACAGCUUCUUCUCAACUGGUCCACUCCCAGCCUACACAGCGCGAUCAAAUGGCACAUCACCCGCUGGCUGUUGGUUAGCGAAUGGUGCUGAAGAAGAGUCAAUUACCUCUUCACUCCCUAAUCAAAGUGCAGCCGAUUGGCAAUUGGCGUUUAACGAUCUGGCAUCGUCUUCACGCCUGGUUCCCAAUGUGGCCCCAGUGGAAGAUCCCAGCAGUCAUCAGCAAAAGAACACUGACGACGACCUAGGAUUCGAUCCCUUCCACGAAACGCAGAAGGCUUUGGCCGAAAUGCUUGAAAAAGAGUCCAUCUCAAGCCUCCCCAACGGUUCGGCGUACAGCAAUACCAACGGCUGUAGCAAUCUGGGUUACUCUGGUCCCGUCCAGAGUUUAUAUUCCAACCCUCCCGUUCCGCCAUCAAUGGCCCGACACAGUCCAAGCUUUAGUCCUUUAGGGUUAGGACUUGGGCUGGGCGUCGGCGUAGCACCGCAGCCACAACCGACGCGUACAAGAAUUCCUCCUCCGGGUUUCAAUCCGACUCAGCAUCUCGCUGGGUCGGUGAAUCAAGGUGGUGUCAAUCACUUUGGUUUGAGCCUUCCGAACCUCAGCUCAAAUCGGCCAAUGAAUCGCCUGGACAUGGGCACCAGUAAAAUGUUGCCAUUUAUGAACAAUCAGAGCACAGCAAACGGCGGUGUGAAUGGUCCUUCGACAGGGUACGGUCCCCGUCAUUAUCACGAGUCACCGUCGUUAGGUUUGGGAAUGUCAGGAAUCGGAGGCAUGAGCAGCGGUGGCAUGUCGUCAAACAUGAGUUACAUGGGCGGUCAAAAUGGUUCGCUAAGUCAUAUGUCAAACAACAAGCCUCAAGGAUAUAAUAGUGGAAUGGGAAGCAACAUGCCCUAUUCCAACGGGAGCAAUAGCCUUGGCCUUGGAACAAGUGGUAUUGGCGAUGCGGCACCAACCAUGAAAGACUGGCAAGACGGGCUUCGUGCGCUCUUUCCUAACGUGAACAUUUCCAUGGGUAAUGGAGGUGUUUCUAGCAGUAACGGCAGCAGUAACAACAGCAGUAGUCGUAUGGGUGCCUUUCCUCCGGGACUAUCUGGCCUCGGCAAUGGUCAACAACAACAGCAGAUGCACCAUCAACAGCAUCAACAUCAAAUGGCUCAACAACCAAACAAUCUGGCCACCAAAGGCUGGAGAAACAAUGUUUCCGAUUGGACUUCCCUCGAUCCCGCCAUCGUCUCUAGUGGUCAGAUAACCGAAUCACGAUCCGACUCGCCGCCACAUUGGCUUCGUUCGCUGGAACAGUUGACAGAAACCGGAAACAGUCCGGCGCAGCAGCAGCCUCCCUCCAACCCUUCCAAUCUUUUUGGCCUGGCCAAUUCAACUCACUACACUUUGCCUUCGCUAGCUGGCCGUAGUAACGUCACACCCGCAUCCGGUCUGGACGGAUUGAAUUCCAUGGGCUCUUUCUGGCCACCGUCGGUCUCCCACACUACCCCCUCCAUGCCUCCUCCUGGUUUCAGUCACAUCAGACCUACUCCCAAAACAGCAGCAACGGCAGAGACACACAAAAUUGACAAUCUCUGAGGUUGGCGUUUGCCUAGGUGUUGCAUUUGUUAGGGAUUGGCAGUGAUACUAUCGUUAUUUUGAAAUCCUUUUGUGUCUAAUUCCUGUUCACAUUUUUUUUUGUUUAAUUUAUCCUCAAAUUUCUGAUAUGUUCGACUUCGACUCCCCUCUGCUCUUCUUAUUAUCUUUUCUCUUCUCUCCGCUACAGUACAUCCCGUUCAUCUUUU